AUGACGUUAAAAACUUUGGAAUCCAACUUGCAGCGAGUAAAAACAGGCGAUGCCAAGGCCAGUGUGCAUCGCAUGGAAAUCGACAGGAUUCGUUAUGUUCUCAGCAGCUACCUGCGCUCUCGUCUGCUGAAGAUUGAAAAGUUUUUCCCUCAUGUCCUGGAAAAGGAAAGGUCUCGGGCUGAAGGACAGCCGCCCCUGCUUUCUCCUGAGGAGUUUGCGUUUGCCAAAGAGUACUAUGCCAGCACAGAAACCUACCUAAAGGCUGUAGCGCUGAAACGCAUGCCGUCCAACUUACAGACUGUGGAUAUGCUCAAAGCAGUGCCUGAGCCCUGUUUGGACUCCUUCGUUUUUCUGCGAGUGAAGGAGAGACAAGAAAACAUUUUUGUUGAGCCUGAAACGGACGAUCAAAGGGAGUACGUUGUGGAUCUUGAAGAGGGCUCCCAGCACUUGAUGCGAUAUCGCACCAUAGCUCCGCUCGUUUCAAGCGGAGCCGUGCAGUUAAUUUGAACUUCCAGGAGAUCAUAAAAAGCCUAACUUCUACCUGUGCUGUAACAGAGAAAGGGCAGAUUUAUCUGCAGAGGUCACACCAGGAAACUUAACGACCUCCUCGCUGUCGCCUGGAAUAGAGAAACUUGCGAGACGUUCAUGCAGAUACCGCCACGGCUUCAAAAGUGAAGGUCGUGAACGCACCAGCGUUUGCAGUGCUGUGAUGUUAUUUUUGGAUCUUAUUGUAGUCA